UCUAGCAAGGCCGUCAAAAAGUACUGUGCGGUACACUGGAACACCUGAAGUUAUUUAAGUUUCCUUCAGUCAUGAUCCUUUCUAGUAUGUUUACUAGUUUAGCCUUCAUAGCUCAAUCUAUAGAGUAUAACUGUUGUAUUAUUAUCAAUGUUAGCAUUACAAGACCUGUAGGCCCAACAAGGUGUGUGUUCAGUCAAGCCCUGUGUCCGUCCCCUCCAGUAUUUGUGCGCAUGUGUGUGUGUAACACAGAGGCUUUGGUCUCUGUAAGUGACUUAGACUGUGUUCAGGAGAGGAAACGGAACCAGGAGCUGAAGGUUCACGAGAAGCUGACCUACAAGAGCCGAGCCAACACCUCAAGGGCCGCCCUAAGGCUGGAGCUCCGGAAGGAGCUGGAGGAGGACGAGCUGAGUCCCGACGAUGAGCCGGAUUUGUCCCUCAGCCGCAUGAGCAUCCUCAGAAGUCAAAGAAAAAUCGACCGUCUUCAUGAAUACUUCAGCAAAGAAAGAGAAAUUUGCCGCCUGAAUUGUACCAAAAUGUUAAAGGGUAAUGAGAUCCAGAGGCUUCAAGACCUGGCGGUGGCUGAGGAAAGGAAAGUGGCCAAGGCGGAGCAGCUGCUGCAGGACGACAUCACAGUGCUGCAGAAGCUGAUCGAUCAACACAACAAACUUGACGAAAUUACUGAAAAAAACCUCAAAAAAGAGGCCGAGAUAAAGAGGAUUCCAGCACAAAUCUUGAAAAUUGAAAGGGACAUCUUGGACAACGAGAUGAUGCUGGAGGAGUACAAUAUGUACCGUGACUUCCUGCUGAAGGCAUCUCGAAUACAAAUGGAGGACAUAAUUAAAGAUGAAGACAAGUCAGAGGCUGCAGAGGCAGAGCAGUCGCAUGGACCAGAUGAAGCCGUAAGACAGCCCUCAUCUGAAGGGCAAGAGCCGUCGCCUCUUAGCAACACAAAGAUGCCGGUCCAGCAGAGCACGAUGCCGGACAGUGAGAGUGGCGGAGAGAAUGGAGGCUCACUGAGCAGUGAAACAUGCUCGUCUGAAUAUGAGGAACCGGAGCUAUACUUUACAGACCCACAGCAACUCCUGGACCAGCUGAACCGACUGAAGAUGGAGAACCUCUCUCUCCUCCAGAACUCUGCUCUGCUGGAGGAGGAGCUGGUGGAGAGGCGUGUGACGAUGGCCAAUGUACAGGAGAAGUAUGAGAGGGAGAGGAAGCUACUGAUGCAUCAGAUUGAUGUCCUGACCAUCGCUAUCCAAAGGGAGCAGGACAUAGCUUCUGAGCUGGAACAAGCUGAAAUGCUCUUCUACGAGACGUCACAGUUAAAAAACAAGGAUGCUGUCAUGAAGGAACUGGAAAAAAAAGUGGAAGAGGCCUAUCAGAGCUGCUUUGGCUUGAGUGACACCACACUAAAACCCCUGGCCAUGCUGACCACCAUUGAGGAAAAAGUACAGGACCUGCUUGAGAGCUUGGAGCAGGCCCCGAAGGACCUUGUGUGGAAGAUUACACGAGAAAAAGAGAGGGAGAGGAAGCUCAGGGAAAUGAGUGAGAAAAUCAGCCUGCAGCAGGAGCAGAGGGAGGAGCGGCGGCGCAGACGGUUGGAGAGGGCACUGGCAGAUAUCAUAAAACCUACUGGUAAGAAGACAGUAAUGCUGCCACGGAUCCCAGUCUCCAGAACGAAGAAGGUGAAAAGUCAUGUUGUGGAGAUGGAGGAUGAAGAGACCAUCUUUUUCUUCACGUAGCACUCUUUCAUUUCUACAAAGCAUGGGUCUGCCACACCAAGAACACACAAACGUAGACUGAGUAAUGCCCAUGUAAUAGAUGUGAUAUGACAAAUGCCAGCUUUUUGCCUUUUCUAAGCAACUUUGAACAAACUCUGUGUAGUGUUAUCAGUCACCUUAUUCACCAAGG